UUUGGUGCGACGAGGUCACACAUCCAUAAGUGGAUAAGCGAUAAGGUCCUUUAGUAUCACUCACUCUCUUCUCUCGUCUUUUGGCACCGUCAGUCCCUUCCCCCUCUGAGACGUGUAAAAAUGGCAGUGAGUUUCAGUUUAGUUGGAGCAUUCAAAGGACUCUCCUUAUCUUCUUCCUCUUCUUUCCUUAAAGGUGACUGUGGUGCUGCUUUUCCCGUCGCUCCAAAAUUCUCGGUCUCCUUUCCGUUGAAAUCUCCGUUGACAAUUGAGUCUGCUCACAAGAAAGGAGCUGGUAGCACUAAGAACGGUCGAGAUUCUCCUGGUCAGAGACUUGGUGUCAAGAUUUUUGGUGACCAAGUUGCAAAGCCCGGUUCUAUUAUCGUUCGCCAGCGUGGUACUAAGUUUCACCCAGGAAAGAACGUUGGACUUGGCAAGGAUCACACAAUCUUUUCUUUGAUUGAUGGACUAGUCAAAUUUGAGAAGUUUGGGCCUGAUAGAAAAAAGAUAAGUGUUUAUCCACGUGAGGUGCAACCUGAAAACCCCAACAGUUACAGAAACCGAAAGAGAGAGUCCUUCAGAUUACAGCGUGAACGCAGAAAGGCACGACGAGAGGGCGUCAUCCUUCAGCCUCAGUUGAUACUUGCUUCUGCUGCUGCUGAAUCCUCUGAGGACAAUGCCAGUCCUACUUGCUGAUAUUGGUCUUUUGAUGUUUAACAAUUCUGUUGUCAUUUUGGUUAUUUGUUAGCAUUCACUUGGGAACAUAUGUAGGCCACAUUUCUACAUUGUGCUUCUGCCAUUGAUGUCUUUUGUUUGUAAAUUUUGCAUUACUCAAAGCAUGAGACAUUGUGACAGGUUGCAUAAAUACAGAGUGAAAUGUCUAAUCCUGAUUC